CAAACGGCCUAACUGCGUGUAAAGUCACACACUACUAUUAUAUGAUUAUGAUGAGAAUUGAGAACAAAUACAGAUACAAUCAGAGUGUUGGGUUACGAGAAUCGCACCAAUUUCAAAUACAAAAUGAGCUUCCAAGAUGUUGGCAUUGGCAGCAAGCCUACACCUGCCGCCAAUAAUCCAUCGGAAUCCCAGGCCGUCGCUGCCGCCUUGUUUCAGGCCAACACCGCCCUCGCCGCUUUCCGUCGCCUUGUUGAUGCCAUCGGAACCUCCAAGGACACCCCCGAUCACCGUCUCAAAUUGCGAAGUACAAGGCAACGUAUACUGGACUUGGUAAAGGACGCCUCUGCUAAGCUCAAGUCCCUCACUGAAUCCCAUCGCCCACACGACCUCCAUCCAAAUAGGAAAGUUCAAGAUUCCAAGCUUGCUAAAGACUUGCAAACUACUUUGCAAGAAUUUCAAAAACUGCAGCACCUAGCUUCUGAACGUGAGUCUAAAUUCUCUCCUGUACUUCCUCUUCCAUCCUCUAUAACUAUUUGUACCCCUGAUGACCAAUAUGCAGAAUCCACCUUUGAAAGGGAAAAUGAUGACUCGUUUCUCAUGGAACAAAAGAGACAGGAGAUUCGGUUACUGGACAACGACGUUGCAUUCAAUGAAGCUGUUAUCGAGGAAAGAGAAUAUGGAAUUGAAGAGAUUCAGGGCCAAGUUAGAGAAGUAAAUGAGAUGUUUAAAGACCUUGCAGUUUUAGUUAAUGAGCAGAGCAGGACUGUUGACGACAUUGAACAUGGUAUUGAGGUUUCUGCUGUCUCAACGACCCAAGCGAAGCUGCAGCUCUCCAAGGCAUCGAAAAGUGGAAAUUCUAAAACCUCUUGGGUGAGUGGAAUUUAUCUUUAUAACAGUUGCAUUUGUCACUUGAACCAGAUUGGUGAUUUGACCCAGAAAAUAUAGAGAAAACUGAUUUUUGGUGGCUAUCUUCACUGAAUGCCAUUAAGGUAUACAAAAUACAAUGAUAAUCUGAUAAGGUAGUACUUUCUUAUGUAUGCCAACUUGAGAAAUGGAGAGGGGAGAAAAUUGAAGCCCACCUUAUGCCUAAUAUUUGGAGGGUGAGGGAGAAGGGGAAAGAGAAUGGGGACUAGCUUCUGCAGAAAUGAAUCUUGGUUCAUAAAUGUUUAAAUAGCUAUGCAUGUUUUUAUUAUACUAUUACUCAUUUUGGCCUCUGUGAUAGUGUUGGUGGAUGCUGGCAAUUAUUGUGAUCAUCAUCCUGGUCAUACUACUCGUUCUUUUUCUGUAGCAUGAUGUAUUCAUCGUCUUCGGAGCUACAGACCUCUUCGUUGUUCGAGCAUAUGCUGUAUAUAUGUAGAUUGCAUUGUGUAAAUUAUUCGAUUUUUCUACUCAUUUUUCUGCUACCUUUCCAGUUGUUUUAAGGUGUAGUUUUAUUAAAUGAAGAAAGAUUGAAUUUGUAUCUAUAUUCUUAAAUUUGUCACAGUAGAAAAGGUGAGAACUCAGAACUAUAUAGUUGACAAAAUCCUUGUGUAAAAUAGUUUCAUCUUUCAAAUUUAUUGUUUCCAUGUUA